ACACAGACGGAAAUCUUGAAUGUUGGAAUGGAGAACGAGGAGGUAGAAGUGGACGAGAAGCCUCAGACUAGGAAAAGUUUGUGUAUUGCAUACUUGCUGUGGCUCUUAUUUGGUGUAUUUGGCGCUCACCAUUUCUAUUUACGCCGAACGUCGCAAUGCUUUCUCUGGUGGUCGUCAGUUGGUGGUCUCUUUUUUGUUGGAUGGGUUCGAGACUUAUUUCGCAUGCCAGACUAUGUUGCAGACGCUAAUGAAGAUCACGACUACAUGGAAAAAUUGAAGAUAGACUUCAAAAGUCGCUCUCAACCAAGUCUGUCAGUGUCUCGUGUGAUUGGUCAAGUCACUUUUGGCAUUUUCUACGCUGUGCUUGUGGACAUUGCAAUACCUGAAGGAUUUUCUGAUUAUGUGCAUUUCGUCUUAACUCCAUUGGGGUGUGCAUGUGGCGUUUACCUUGUGGGAACGGUUGGAAGACAGAGUGGAAAGUUUGGAUACACGUUGGGAAGCUCGUAUAUUGGCGAAAUUAUUUCAAAGUGGGUUAUGGACUUUAAGGCUCCCACAUUUUGGGUGGCUUUGCUGUCAACUGCUGGUUUCAAUUGGUAUCGAGGAAAUAAACUAAAAUAUAAAAAGCAAUCAUUUUGUAAACGAUUAGGAAUGCUGUUGUUGGGAAUGGUAGUGGUGUGGAGUCUGUUUGGUUCCUAUUUGUAUUUCAACUGUGAAGUUACAACUGAAGAUGGAGAGAAGAUCAAGCUGCGUGAUGCUAUCAUGCAUGUUAUUAAUUCCCCUGCAUGGCGGGAGUUCUGGGAUACUAUGGGCAUCGUAUGGCAACGGCUAAGACAACAAGGCUUCUAUGAGUCUUAUCAGAAAAUGGUUGAGUUAGCUGAUUUUGAGGGUGAACAGCGUGCACUUCAAGUAUUGGGAGUUGACAAAGAUGCUUCUGAUGAUGAAAUCAAGAAAGCAUACAAAAAACUUGUAUUGAAAUAUCAUCCUGACAAAGUGAAGGGAACAGAAUCGCCCGAUAAAUUUAUUGAGAUCCAAGAGGCGUAUGAAAGACUAAUGAAAUUAAGGACAAGGAAAGGCAAAAAGGCAGGAAGGACAAAAACAGUGCAUGAUGAUUUAUAAUUAUCACUAGAAUGUGUAUGAGUUAAUGCAUAUCUUGCAUUAAACUCUUCCACACAUCUGUGGAACUCGUUUAACCAGGCAGAGGCAAUGUUGAAAGAGAAGUGAUAGACUUGCUGUUCA